GCUGGAAUCUGGGGAAGAAGGACAGGGGUGGAUCUGGUGGCUGCUUUUUCCUCCUCUCUGAGGACAGAUUGGAUCAGGCAGGGGAGAGACUCAAGCGUUUAUGCCCAUACUGGGACAUGGGCACAUGCAGUGUCCCACUGUGUGUGCAUUUGUCCUAGGGUCACACCAGGGUUGAUUACCGUCCAGUGACAUCUCCUGGAGAUUUGACAACAGCUAGAGAGAAGAAAGGAGAAGGCUGCGAUCCCUUUCUCCGUCUCAAAGCUUUCCCUCCCCUUAAUGAUGGUGAGAAUAAGUCCCCUCCGCUCCGAAGCCAGCCCUGUUUUUCUUAUGAAUGACUAGGUCAGAGUCACACACACCAAGUGCCUCCCGCGGAGCUAGAGGCGGUAGUUUACAAUUACAACUGUACAAAGUGUGCACCAGGUGGCAGACAUCCAGCCAGUGACGUUCCUGUUGCCAUGGGAUCCACCGCCCCUAUAAAUAACAGCAAAGGAACUUUCCUAAGUCAGAGACUUUAGGACUCGGGACCUAGAACCAGAUGGUCCGGAGGAGAAGCAGCAGCCGCCGCCGCAGCAGGAUCUGAGCCAGCCCAGGUGGGCAGCACAGCUGGGAAGCCGGACCCAGCACCAGAGACCGAGGCAGGAGUUGCAGGCCCCCCACGUCACCUUUGGCAGCUUGAUCCUGUGGCUGGGGGGGCCCCCUGCGCUGUCUCCUCCUCCCUGCACCCCCCCGUUGCUUUCAUGCAACGCCUGGUGGCCUGGGACCCAGCAUGCCUCCCCAUCCAGCCACCUGCCUUUAAAUCCAUGGAAGUGGCCAAUUUCUAUUACGAGGCGGACUGUCUGGCUGCUCUGAGCAAGGUGCACCCGCGGGCGGCAGGGAUCCGCUCCAUGACUGAGUUCACCGUAGGGGACCACGAGAGAACCAUCGACAUCAGCCAUUACCUGGACCCCUUAGCAUCCCAGCCGCCGCCGCCGCAGCCGCAGCCUCCUCCUGCAGGAGCAGCAGCAGGGGGCAACUUUGAGCCUCCCUGCAGCAGCAACAGCAGCCAAGAUUUCCUCUCCGACCUCUUCUCCGAGGACUAUAAAGGCGGCAGCAAGAAGCCCGACUACACCUACAUCAGCCUGCCCAGGCAUUGCCACCCGGGCGCCGGCCAGGGCCAGAAGCUCGGGGGACUGCUGACCUGCUUCCCGCCCCAGAUCGUGGAGACCAAAGUGGAGCCGGUCUUCGAGUCCCUGGACUCUUGCAAAGGGCCCUGUAAGGAAGAAGGAGGCGCAGGGCCGGGGCCGGGGGGCAUGUCCUCCCCCUACGGCAGCACCAUGCGCUCCUACCUCGGUUACCAAUCGGUGCCAAGCGGCAGCAGCGGCAACCUGUCCACCUCGUCCUCUUCCAGCCCCCCCGGCACCCCCAAUCCGUCCGAUUCCUCCAAAUCCGGCGGCGGGGGCUACGCCGGGACCCCCGGGGGCAAGAACAAGUCCAAGAAGAGCGUGGACAAGCACAGCGACGAGUACAAGAUCCGCCGGGAGAGGAACAACAUCGCGGUGCGCAAAAGCCGGGACAAAGCCAAACUGCGCAACCUGGAGACGCAGCACAAAGUGUUGGAACUGACCGCCGAGAACGAGCGGCUGCAAAAGAAAGUGGAGCAGCUCUCCCGGGAGCUGAGCACCCUCAGGAACUUGUUCAAACAGCUGCCCGAGCCCCUGCUGGCCACAUCUGGCCACUGCUAGCCCCACCGCUGGACACUGCUAGAGCCGCAGUGGUUGGGGUUGGGGGGGAGGGAGGGAGAGGGAGAAAGGGCUUGAAUUUGGGGAAGGAGGAUGGGAGGGGGGAGGGGUGGAUCUGGUGGCUGCUUUUUCCCUCCCCUAUGAGGACAGAUUGGAUCGGGGAGGGGGAAGAAAUGGGGAGAGACGCAAGGUUUUUGUUUUGUUGUUGUUGUCUUUUAUUUGCAAUUUGGUGGAAAAAUCUUCCGCCGCAGCCUGUUUGUCCUAGGAGGGGGACUCUCCUGGCGGGCGCCGGGGUCCUCAGCACCGUGUGGCGGAAUGACAGUUGCCGAUGGUAAUUUUUUUUGUAUGUUACAGUCCCACCGAGCCCCCCUUUCCCCGAAGCGGUCUCUCUGCAGAGUUUGUUGAAUGUUCGUGUUAUUUAAAACAGAGCGAGAGAGGGAGAGAAAAA